UCCUGCCUCUUCACCUUCCUCGCCCCAACAAUCUUGCAACAUUGACAAGCUCAAUCCCAAAUCCCACUCGUCUCUCUAUUUGUUUUCCUUCUCAAUUCAUCGUUAGGCUUUCGAUGUCAACUUAUCCACACACCCUUAACCUGUGGGGUGUACUUUCCCAAUCAAAGCGCAUAAUCAAUGCACACUCACGCCAUUUCUUAGCCCUUUCAGUUUUCUUCCUUUUACCUCUCUCUUUUUCCCUUAUCAUUUAUCCCACCUUUCAAUUCACUCUCUUCAACUGGAAUUCCAAUCUCUCUUUCUCCUUCUUCACCUCCCUUGGCCCAUUUGACCCGAUUCAAAACCUGACCCGACCCGACCCGGAGUACCUUCUUGUUUUCUUUGUGUACGCUCUAUUCGCUGUUCUUCUAUCCCUUUUCGCGUUUGCUACGAUCACCUACAGCACUCUCCAUGGAUUUUACGGUAGACCUGUUAAGCUCGUUUCGUCUAUGAAAUCUGUAAUUUACUCCUUCUUGCCCCUAGUUGCUACCCUUAUCGUUUCGGUUGUUAUUUGUGCUUUGGUUGUCUUUUUGUUCGGGUUAUUCGUGGCAGUUGUGGUCCACUCUGUGCAAUUUCUGGGGUUUGAAGUUGAUUAUGCUUCGAAUUACUUCAUGGGUUUGGUUGUUUUACUAGGUGUUGUACUUGUAUUGGUUUUUAUAUGGAUGCAGGUGAAUUGGUCAUUAGCUUAUGUGAUUGUUAUUGUGGAGUACAAAUGGGGUUAUGAAUCAUUGCGAAGAAGUGCAUAUUUGGUGAAGGGGAUGAGAUGGGUGGCAUUAUCGGUGUUGUUAUUUUUUGGGGUUCUGAUAGGAUUGUUAGUGGGUGGUUGUUCGAGUUUUUUGGUGACCGUAGGGGCUGCAAGUGAUGGAUGGACAAGUUUUGGGGUGAUAUUGCAGAUGGUGGUGAGUUCGGGUUUUGCAACUCUCCUGAUGCUUCAGAGUAUUGCAGCGAGCGUGGUGUUGUAUAUGUAUUGUAAGGCAUUGCACGGGGAGCUCGCAUUGGAGAUCGCAGAGGAGUUUGCUCGUGAGUAUGUCUACUUGCCUUUUGACAAUGAGAAGGUUCCUCAUGUUGUUUGUGUUGUUCAAGGUUGAAUCAGCACAAGGUCAGUGAGUUCAAGAUGCAGCCUUUACUUUGUAUUUUGUAGUAAUUGGUCUUUAAUCUUAGGAAAUCAUGUGAAGAUGGCUUUUGAAUAUGUAUUAUGCAUCUCUAUAUGUAAUAAGUUUGUUGAAGCUGGUUGCGAUGUAGGGGCUUAUAUCUUUCUUCUAGCCUCUGUCUAUUGUAUAUGUACUGCAGAAACUACUACCAUUUCCUCGAUGAAAAGUUAGUGUUUGACUACUAAA